UGACACUGAGACAUUCCUCUUUACCGCUGAAUAAGAACUCGUCCAGCUGAAGAAUUUCAUGAGGAGGACUGAGGGGAUACCGUGAUGGAAGGCUCUUCAACUCCCCACAGCUCUAGGCCUACCCCUUCCCGGAAGCGGGAAGGGAGUGUUGAAAGCCGGGGUAGGUCAUGUGUCCGAGUGACUUCUAAGCCAGUGAGGAAAGUGCGGCGAACAGUGAAGUGGAACACCAGGGACUACACGAUCCAUGAUACUGACAACGACAUGCUCUUGAUCAUAUCUAAUGAAAACGGGAUGCAGAGGAGGCCAAGAAAACUGGCAGGGAAGAAAAGCAGCCGCAAGUUAAGCACACAGUGCAGCUCCCACAAAAACAAGGGGCUCCUGAAAAAUGCAGGGUUGAAGGAGGCCAACUCUUUGAGCUUGGCAGGUCAGGAUAAGCAAAUAGAUUCAGAUCUGGAGCCUGAGAAGCCAGAAGUCUUGGACCGAUGGGGCCAGCAGCUUCCAAUUGAAGUCUUGGUUCACAUCUUCCACUAUGUAGUGUCAUCGAAUGGGGCCGUACCAUUUCUCUGCAGGAUGGCCCGUGUAUGUCAUCUGUGGUAUGGUGCUGCUGCCAACCCCAAACUCUGGCAGAAAGUCACAAUCUCCUAUUGCUGGGUGGAAUCUGGAAAGAAAUUGGUGCCGCCAGUUCAGAGAAAAAUCCAAAACACCCUCAACUGGCUGAAAGACAACCGGUUUUCACAGCUUCGGGAAUUCUCUCUCUGCAACUGGAAUAAUCUAGUGAGUUACACCAUGAAGACCGUUACUGAAUCCUGUCCUCACUUAGCCUCACUGCGACUGACCAACUGCACUGGUGUCACAUCUGAUGUCUUUGAAGCAUUGGCCACCCAUUGCCAGAAGCUGGAAAGUUUAAACCUGCAGCAUUCAGUGAUUGACACUGCUGCUGUUGUUAAUUUUCUGGAAGCAGCAGGUUCAAAUCUCAGACAGCUUUGUGUGACAUACAACAGUCGCCUGCACAACAUCUUCAAUGCCAUUGUGGCAGGCUGCUGUACUGAACUUCGACUGCUGGAGGUGAACACUGAAAUCAAGCAGACCAACCCCUACUUCCAGUUCUGCAUUGAGAUGUUGCAGGCAGGCUGUCCUAAGCUGCAGGUGCUGAGGCUCCUGAACUUAACCUGGUUCCCGAAAGCUUGCACUAUGAUCGUUUCACCAGAAGUUGGUUUCUCAGAGUUGGAAGAGUUGUGCUUGGCCACAUCGUCAUUUUCAUUGGUUACUGAUGAAGUUCUGGUAAAGCUACUGCACUUGUCAUCUAGGCUACGGACAUUAGACCUGAGAGGCUGCUAUCGGAUCACAUCAGCAGGGUUACAACUUUUACCCUGUCAAGACCUGGCACGGCUUUUCCUGGGACUUUACUGUAGCACCACCACCCUGCUGUUGGCUAAACAGGGCUCUGAGCAGAUGGCAUUGAAGUGGAGGCAUUCUUUACAAGAACUCGAUCUCACUGGGCAGUGCUACAGUGAGAAAGACCUUGAGCUGGCCAUGGAAAUCCUAGCAGGGACUGAGGGAAACCAUCUUCUGCGAUCCUUAAACCUGGCUGGGACAAAGGUCACAUUGGAAGCCAUCAGAGUUGUGGUGAGCAGCAGCCCCAAUUUGAACUACCUGAACCUGACUUCCUGCCGCUGCCUCCCUCGUGGGCUUAAACGCAUCUACCGAGGCCAGGAUGAGAUCUCCCAGUUUGUCAACCGCUUGCUGGGCAGCACAGAGAACAGCAGGUCAACAGUGACCGUGGACCACAAGGAGCGAUUGUGAAGCUAGUGGCCUGCUUUCAAAUACCAGCAAAGGCCGAGUUGCAAAUUCAACGGGUGGUGUGACUGACUCACUUUCUUAAACAAAGUGCAUGCGCGCGCGUGCAUGUGCGUGCAUGUAGGUGUGUCUGUGUGUAUGUAUAUGUGUGUAUGCGCGCGUCUGUGCCUCCAGCUCCCUCCAAAAAGUUCAAAGCACAAUCAGUAAAUAAAACAUAAAAAAUAUGGUCUGUACUCCAAUGUGAGAUCAGUUUCAAGCAACUGUAAUGAAUGCACAUUUACAAAUAAUCAAAAAAUGUUGCCAAGCAAUAGAUACCCUGAAACAGAGUUUAUAAGACUGUACUGGAGGUAUGGUGCUUUGUUGAUGUUGAGGAAAAUUUACAAGGUUAAUGUGACUUUAAAAGUAAGAGCUCAGACAGAUAACACUGUAACUGAGCCUGAUUUGAAGUGCAGAAUAAGCGUUCUUUUUGAGAUUGUAUGUUUAUCUGUUGAUGAGUUCCUGUUUCUCGAUGCAGCAGUUACAAUAUUCUACUUCCUCCUUUCUCAGCUGCUGAAUGUAGACUGAUGACCAGUUUUCCAGCCCUAUAAGUCUACUGUACAAUUUAACAGUCGUUUUUAAAAUAGCUUAGUAGGAGCACUGUAGGGAAGGUGAACAGGUAGUGCCUUGUGUUUGCCUUCUGUAGCCUCCCACCUUUUUGUAGCCUCACUCUUAAAUUGAAGUUCUUUCCUCUUCUCAACGGUGCUAAAUGGUAAUUGUAUUUUUACAUUUGAAUGGAAGAGCAAAGGUCAUUGUUGUGAAUAUUUGAAUCAUGGUAUAUUCCUGAAAAUAUUAAUUCAAAUUCAAAGUUUUUUAUAUGAGGUUUUGUGCUGCAGUGUUAUCAUUCUCAGGAAAAACAAGGUAGCUUUCCUAAAUGCCUAAGCAACUGAGCAGUUUGGGUGCUAAAUAUGUUCCUCCCAGAUGACAUGGCAAUUAGCCUGACCAGGAACUCUUUACGCAACUAGCAACCCUUCCUCCAAGGGUUGAGUUGUCUAAAGAAGUAUAAAGUCUAAGAUCUUCAAAGUCCUGCUCUGGAAACCAAUGCAAGUACCUGGACAGGGAAAGGGCUAAACCUGGCAGCUGCAACCAUAGCACACUCCCAUAGCACACUCCCAUGUCAAGAAUUGUAUGUGUUGAUUGCCACAUGGCUAAGAACUAUUGAGCUGUCAUCCCAUUAAGUUCCUUUAUGAGCUGGAGUGGGCACAUUGGCAGUGAUGCGGGAUGUCCUAGUGAGCAUUCCAACUACAAUAAUGUUCAGCAGCUGCAAAACCAACGAUUGAUGUUUUUAUGAUCUGGCAAUAUAUAUUCUACAAAAAUGUUUUUUGAACUCAUUAAUAAAAUCAAUGUAUAGAUAAAUGGAAUGUGUAAAUAUACAUAUAUGUAAUUAAAUAUUUGUAAACCUAAA